UAUAGUUUAUAGUAGUAUAUAGAUUCUACACUAGUUUUAAUAUUGAUUAGUGUGUGAUUUUCAGUACUUAUGACAACCCUAAUACAUAAACCAGUAAACAAUAACAAUAAUGUAGUUUGAAUGCAUAAAUAUGAACUACAUAAACACUAACCUUUGUAUUGGACUAACUGGUAGAGAGGGUGAUGUCAUCAUAAAUCGCUCUAGUUCAUAUUUGCUCAAUGGGCGUCAGUCCUUUGUGAAAGUCCGCGGCUCCCCUGACCUGUUGCUAUGCACCACAGGCUGUGUGUGUGUGUGGACAGUGCUGCUGACAACUGCUGGCUAGCUAAAUCUGGCUAGUCUAAUCUUCUUAGUUAAACACGUUAAAGAGUUCACUUCCAUCCAGUCUACUUAAUUUGAUUUGUUGAGUCCUACCGGAAGUAAAGAAGGGAUUGUCAACUACACUUUCCUCGUAUUGUUUUGUCAUUAUCAAGUAUUUUGUACUUGAAUGUAGUUUGAAUGUAUCUGGUUUACUCACUGACCCAAUUUUGUUGUUGAGCCUUUAGGCAAGACUCUUUCUCCAUAUUACCAUCCCAUCAUCACCAUCAUCCCAUCACAGUAUGCAGUGAUGAAAAUAUAUGUUUCAAUGAACAGAACACAGACAGCUUCUCUCACCUGAAUUGUGCAAUGCCUUUCGUGUGCUGCCCGAGAAUUCUACUUUUCUUUAGGCCACAAAGAGUUAUUAGGACAUCAAACUGCAAGCAUCUUUAGACCCACCCAGCAACCAGUAGCACGCAGCCUCCUUCUUCUCUUGGGAUGAUACGUACAGUGAAGAAGUGAGUGGGCCACAGGAGGCUGAGCUGGGAUCCAAGGGAAAGAGUAAAAAAACAAACCAUCACCAUUUCCCAAGGGGUCCAUUCCGAGGAACAAACAUAUUUAAUUGCGUUCUCUAAUAAACUCUACCACAUUACCUAUGGUGUCACCUCGGGUUAAUAUUACUGGUAAUUACCAUCACCACAGUGCAGAUUUUUAUAUAAAGCAUCUAACUGUAAAUAAGUGGAAGCAAACAGAAAUAUAAAGGAAUUGUUUUGAAAUUUGCCUUCCCUUUUUGACAGUAAUUGAGCUAACUUACAAUUAUGAGAUCAGUUUUCUUUGAACAAUUUGGGCAUUGUAAAAAGGGGAAGCCACAGAUCAAAAAGGACUGCUCAAUGAAUUAACCCAGUUGUAAUUCAGAAAACUUAGGUAAAGAAUUUGCAUUGCAGUUGACAUCAGACUGUGAUUUUGUCAUGUCAAAUGUCAUUUUGUGAGGGUGCAUUUUAAUUGGUGUCAUGUUUUUAUAGGCUGGAUCAAACACUGUCUGGGGUUCUACAAUGGCUUUGACUUCUUUAAAAGGGAACUGGCAUCUGUUCCUUUUAGGAUUACUUCUGCUCAUAUCACCAGUUUUCGGGGCAGUUACCACAGCCGCCUCAUCUGCAGCUGCUUCUACAACCACAGCCAUGCCCACCUCAACUGUAACUGCAACCACUACAGCCAUGCCCACCACAACUGUAACUGCAACCACUACAGCCAUGCCCACCACAACUGUAACUGCAACCACUACAGCCAUGCCCACCUCAACUGGAGGCUCUCCCAGUGUUUCACCUGUCUCAUCAAGCUCUGGCAUGAACCCCAGUAUGUCCUCUGCCAGUAUGGGAGGCAACACUGGAGGUUGGGCAUCUGGAACCACUGGAUGGAGUAAUUAUUCAAUGAGCAAUAUUUCUUGCCCGUCAUUCAUGUGUAAUUACUCAGACUGCUACUCUAUGUACAUGAGUCAGAACGCCACCAUGUGUCCUGCUGGUUAUGACUAUUGUGAGUUAAUAAGACAGAUGGACAUUUGCUACACUGUUAGCUGCAGUGCCUCCUGUUCCAUGAGCUGUGGUAAUACAUCUCAAAGUAACUGCUCAGUCAACUGCUGUAAUUCUACCGAUUGCCUCAAUGAUACUUUUGCUUCCAUGAUGAUGACCACAACACCAGCGAUGACAACAACUAGCAGAUCUACAACCAUAUCUACUACUACCACAACCACUACAGCUGCCCCAACCACACAAGGAGGAAAUAAAUGUCAUACUGGAAAAUGCAAUGGCACAGACUGCUACACAGUUUUUAAUACAGCCCAGGUUUGCACUGCCUCACAACCACACUGUCAGUUGAAAAAGGAGACCGUUGGCACCAGCCUGCAGUGGACAGCUGGAUGCACCACCAACUGUUCAGGGCAAACUUCUUGCAAAGCCUCUACACAACCUCCAUGUCACCUCGAAUGCUGUAACGCUACUGUGACCUCAUGCUUAUGGCUCAACGGCACGCUGAAUGUCCCCUCUUUGGCCACAAGAGGGCCCCAGCUGCACUCACAAGUAGUUAGUGCAGUUCUGGUUGUUUUUGCUAUUAGUUUGUUGCUAUAAGUGAGAGGGUACAUGCAUUGUGUUAUAUCAACCCACAGGAGUCUUACAUCAGACUAUACUCAUUUGUAAAUAGACUAUGGGAUUUUAUUGCAUUUAUGUUGAUGUUUGGUUUGUUUUCUGUUCCCAAUAUUUUCAAGUUCAAGGCCAAGUUAAAAGGGGUUUGAACAGUGUUUUAAAAGAAAAUAAAUCAGGACUUAUUCAGGACUUGUUCUACUUCUACCAGCAUGGGUUACCUAUAUUGAAGCCAUUGUGAGAAUAACACAGCACAGACUUUGUAUGCACUUUAUAAGAUACUACAUUAUAUUCCAGGUUAAGGUGUUGUGAAGGUAAUGCUUCAGCAGUUUUACUGAGAUGUGCAACGUUUGUUUAAUAUGUUAAUCCUAUGUUAUGUAAUGAUUAAAUUGUAUAUUCUAAAUUCUAG